GGCGAGGGGUGAUUGUAUUGCAAGUAUGAUAAUGCAGCUCAGAUCAAAAGCCAACUCCACUCUUCGGUUGCCCUGACGACGUAACCCCUGUUGGCCACUGCCACCAACCAAGCUCUCCCCGUAACCCAGCACUUACGCUGAUAACCUACGGUACACCCUCUCUCUCUCUCUUCACCUACAAACACCCACUCGCUCAAUUACUCAUUCAAUCCCUCUUACCCUUUAUACCCGCCAUCUUCCCCCACACCUUUUUUGACCACCACACACACCCAUAUAGUAAAUAUUUACGAAACCCUUAUCCAUCCUAAUCAGCAAGAAAACCUACACAUUUAUCCCCUACCUCUCUACCGACCUAGCCAUGCCAUCCGAUCUCUCAUCAUCGUCGGCCCCUCCCUCAUCACAACCACAGGCGUCGUCCUCCUCACAAGCAAAUAACAGUAUGGCCGCAACCCUCCCGCAAAUAAACUUUGGUUUUGAAGAGCUCAAGGACCGGAUGGCGAGGUUCACCGUGCGAUUUGACGACUUUAUCGAGAAGGGGCGUAGGAGGAUUCUUGAAGAGAGGAAUGAGUUUGCGAAGACCGUUAUCGAGGAGAAAGGUGAUAUUGGCGCUCAUUGAGUAUGUGGAUGCGGUUCUAACAGAAGGGAAGAUACUCAGCGGAUGCUAAAGAAGGAGAUCGAACAUUACAAACAGAAGGAGAAGGAUGUUGCGGAGAGUAAGUCCCGACUGUCAUCAGUACCUUUCGAUAUCCCACACUAAUUGGUUGCCCAGAUGCGACAAAAGAGCAACAAGAAGCCACCGAAGCUGAACGCGCAAUCGCGGAAAUGGACCGCAAGAAGCAGUCGAAGGAGGAGCACAAGUCUCACUUACUCGCGCAGAUCGAAGCUACGCAGGAAGCCAUCCGAAAAAAGCGAGAGAGUGAUUUCCCCCAGUUCCCCUCCUGCCAGCUAAAGCAAGAUAUUAACAUCGGACAGUUCGAGCGGAGGAGCGCAAAGCGCUCUCCUUCCAAUCCUCGCGCAACGCCCCUGAGCUCGCCUUCUGGGAGGACCACCUAGGAAUGCGCAUCGAGGGUGCAGGCGUAACCGACCAUCUCAAGAUUGUGUAUACGCAUAUCGUAGAUUCAGCUUGGUCGAAGGAGUUUUCCUUCAUUCUUAAUAUGGUCACGAGGGAUUAUGAAGGUAUAUUCAUUCACCCCGUCGAGAGGAUCGUGACAGAUGGCUGACGUGGGAUAGUCAUUCAAUGCCGACCAAAGUUAGACCCCGCUACCGUGGGGAAGUGGGUAGAUCGGUUGAACGAGACCAGGGAUUUGACGUGCUUUCUAAAGGAGAUGAGGCAGUUGUUUAAGGAGCAUUCCUCUGCUGGGAGGGAGUAGCAGGGUUUGGCACCAGGUAGGGAGGGAGGGAGUUUAAUGGUUGGAUGAUAUCCCGUGCCCCGGAGGUGACCUAGGAUUCUGUCGCAAAAUAUUAUGCAUUUUAAAAA